CUGGGACAAGGCUGAGGUCUAGGCCAGAUUUGCACUUUUAGGUGGGCACUCUGAAGGCCAUGCAGCCCUCUGCCAGGCCUGGCCUGCCUCUGCCCAAAUACUGCAGUGUGGCCACAACUGUGAAAGCCCCUGAACUGCAUGGUGCUGUGCCACCCUGGAACCAGUCCUUCACCUGUCCCUUUGCCACACAAGCACCCUGGCUGGCCACAUGCUGCACAUUCACCAGGUGUGCCUCCUGUUGUCCAUGCUUUUACACUGUUAAUAGGCCAUGGACUGGGCUCAGCUGGCUGGGAAGAGUUGGAGAUGCUGCUGGCUCCUGGGUCCUGGCCAGAAAGGAACCGGAUGGCUUUUAUUAUCUGGCUCAGAUAAAGGCUGCUCCGGAGCUGGAGAAGCGGGGGGCCCUGGUUGUGGAAUUCGAGGCUCCCCUUGUCUCAGGCCUAAACCUGCCAGUCCAGGAGCGGAGAGUGGUAUUUCCAGAGGAUGUCAUUCAGUUCUCACCAUCUGUGCCACACUCACUGCAACUGGGCGAUAAGGUGCUUGCACCCUGGGAACCAGAGCAGCAGCAGUAUGGCCCGGGCACUGUUCUCCUGGGCUUGAAGAAACAAAAAGGACAAAGAGCAUCUAAAGAAGAAAUCACUGUUCACUUCUGGAAUGGCAAGACAACUAAGGUGCCUCUAGACAGGGUCAAGAAGUUAAAGGAUCAUGAAAUAAACACUUGA